UUUGAGGAAAUGGACGACAGCGAUACAGCAGUCUCACGUUUUUAAAAAAAUACGCAUUUCUAUAUAAUUGUAUCAGCUCAGUCGGUAAUGAUAAAAAAACAACUUUCCAAGAGAACUCAAUGAAAAUGCUGGAUCGCCAUGAGUAGAGUUUGAAGGGAGCAGGACUGCGCCACCUAGCUGUCAUGAGGAUAUGUCAACUGACUGCGUGUUUGUUUCUGGUUCUAACCAGCCAGUUAUAUACAAUAUCAGGACUUGGUGGAAACAAGACUAUGAAGGGAAAUUGUCUUGAAAAUGAAUACUGGAAUAAGGAAGGAUUCUGCUGUGAUAAAUGCCAUCAAGGGUAUAAGUUAAAACAGGAAUGCAGUGCAGAAAACAUGAGGUCAAAAUGUGAGAAAUGUGAUGAAGGAACCUACCUGGAACAAGCAAACUAUAGCCCAAACUGCUUCAGAUGCCAGCAAUGCACAAAACCCCAUUCCAGGGAGUCUUCACCCUGCACACCCUACUCCAACAGGGUGUGUGAAUGUGAUACUGAUUAUUACAAGAAGAAGCUAGGUGAUUUAGGAUGGGAAUGCUCUCGCUGUAAAAAGUGUGGAGAUGGGCAAAUUGAAAUUCAGAACUGCACUAAGGAAGAGAAUAGACAGUGCAAAUGCCAGGAAAAUCAUUACCCUGUUAAUAAAAACUCCUGUAAGCUGUGCGAUAAAUGUCAGCCAGGAUGUGAUCACCUAUGCAAAACCAGCAUUCCCCCAGUCUUUUUUACAUCUACUAAGUCAAAUAGUCCUGAAGACACGGUACCUAAAAUAGUAGUUCCUGUUUGUGCAAGUAUCAUGGUUCUAUCGUUAGCCAUUUUUAUGGCAUACGAAGGCAUCAGACAUUGGCGGAAGAGGGCACAAGCUUCGUCAUCUCAGUCAUCGUCACCUGCUACAGAAGAAGAGGCAUUCAUCAUCACUGUAGUGCAGGACUCAAAAAAUAAGAGCGUAUCAUUCACAAAUCAGCCAUGUGAAUCCAAACCUCUAGGGAAUCUCCCAGACUGCAUCCCAAGAGAGAUCAAAAUUCACGAGUUCUUCUAUUUUGUGCUGGACGAGGUCCCUAUCGGACGAUUUAAAGAGCUUGUACGUCGGCUUGGAGUUUCUGAGCAGAACAUUGACCGGGCAGAACAUGACCACCGGAACUGCAAGGACGCCCAGUAUCAGAUGCUGAAAGUUUGGAGUGAUGGUGGCAGUGGAGGAGGGAACAAUGUUGUGCCGUAUGACCAAAUCCAGAUGCUCAUGAGCACACUGAAAGACAUGUGUCUGGUUAGCUGCGCAGAUAACAUUGAGAACAAGUUCCUUUCACAGAACACAAGCGUUUCGUAAUGAGGACAUCGGAGGAGAAUGGAGAACAGGGCAUUAACAGAGAUCUUUAACUUCCACUCGUUCGCAUUGGAUUUCAUUGAAAGUGGAAGUCUCAAGAGCUAGACACCAAAUCAGACGUAUUGCCAGACUGAAAAUUUCACACUAAAAUGUUUUAUGAACUUGUGAACAUUCUGUGUUCAAUGACGUAUGUACUUUUUUAUAUUACAUGUAUAUAUUUUGUCAAAGAUUUUUAGAGCUAUUUUUUGAAUGGGUGGUUGGGUCAAUGGGGUUUGGGUGAUUUCUGCAAAUCGCACAUUUAAUAAAACAUGUCCUGGUCACAUUUCACAGUAUACAGUGCUCAGCAUAUAUAAGUACACCCCUCACAAAUCUAUCUUUUAAAUUCAUAUUUUUAAUAGGAAGCUAUUGAAUAUUAUAUUUGUGCAUAUACAUUAGAUUAGGCAGUACUGAAGCCAAGUCUGAAGCUUAUCUAACAAAGAAGCCUACACCAUCCAAGAACCAGUGCACCCAAAUUUAUGUUACAGAAAAUUAUUAAACACAAAUUUUAAAAAGAGGAAAAAAUCAAGAGGAGCAAAAACAUUUUGAUUUAGUAAUGAUUUAGUUGAAAUUUUGUAGUUUGUAAUUUUUUAACGAUAUUUAGCAUGAAUUUAAUUGUAUUAUCUUUCAAUUUCUAAAUAUGUUUGGUGACAAAAAUAUUAUUUUAAUAAAUAUAUCUGUUUAAUAAAUUUGUGCACCAGAAUACAUUGCCAAUAUUCACUGAGAAAUGGAUGAAAAUGGCAUGUACUCUGUUAUGCUGAGCACUCUAUUUGUUUUCUUUAAUUUUUUGUAUUCUUUUACUUUUAUUUUCUUAUAUUCUGUUGUGUCCACUGAUUUUGGCAGCAAAAUCUCUUCAUUUUUACUUUAAGAAGCAUAAAAUCUUUUUUUUAUUAGACUGUUUUCGGGGUGAAAAUGACCCGGGCAUGUUGUCAUACAUUAGUUUAUGUAACAGUAUAUGCACUGUAUUUAAAUGUGUAAGAGCAGAGCUGUUAGUAAUUGCAUUUGUGUUGCACAUUCUUUCUGUGUAUCAAUCCAUGUUAUAAUAUGGUGCUUGGAAACAUAUUACAACUAGCAUUAAAUUGAAUAAUAAAAAAUAACAAUAAUAAAAUGUAAAUAAAGGCAUA